AUCUAUAAAACGUUAACAUGAUGUUUGUUAUUCUUCUUAUUAACAUUAAUAUUAAAGUAAACCUCACCCAUCUUUGAGAACUGUAGAAAUUUUGAGAAAUUCCGUAUGGAUGUUUUAUUGGCUACUUUUUAUACGCCAUAUAUCACUUUGCACAUGGCAAGCUACACGUUUUCUUUCAGAAAUAAUGCCCGAUAUCUCUCUCCAUUCAUCAUUCAUGCCUCCACGAGUUAUUAAUGCAUUCUUUUUUUCCCCAGGCGGCGCGUGAGAUUUUUUUAUUCCUUUUCCGGGUCCUAAAGAGUAAUUUACUCUUGUGUGUGUGUGUGUGUGUGUGUGUGUGCGCGUGACGCGUGGCCAAUUUAGAAACGGCGCGAAAAGAGCUCGCGCAGCGGAGCGUCUUCGUGCAGCUCCAGCAAUAACCAGAAUCUGCGCAUUUUAGUGAUUCGUGCGACACCUCGGACAGGAGUGACGAUUAGACGAGAGAGCAGGCGAGUAUUGGUCUUUGUUGCACUUCUCGGUUUCUCUGCAUGCUCAAGCAGGUGCGGAGAAGCCGGAGCGCUUGGAGCACUCUGCGCCGCGCCAGGAACAAUGGGAUCUGACCGGCAUACUGAUACACUUCUCGCGCUGCGUCUCCAUCACCUCAGCACCGGCGGCUCCGGGAGCAGUUCUGGCGCACUCUUUCCUCUCCGCUCCGCUUUUCUUUAGAUCAGCUCGUCUUUUUUUUGUUUUGCAUAUUUAUGCUUGUCACGUCGUCGUGCGUGCAUCGCUGCGUGCUUGAAAUUGCGGGACCGUUUUGGAAGUUGGGACGGCGUGAGCUCCGUGUGUCUGCGCGAUGUGGAGGGCUGGAGAGUGCUGGCGUACGGCGCUGCUGAUGCUGCCCGUGCUGAUGGCCGUGACACUCGGCCGCACUCCGAUAUCACACAGGGUUAAUGAACCCAGCAACAUGUCGUACGUCAAAGUCACCGUGGACAAACUGCUUAAAGGCUACGACAUUAGGCUCAGGCCCGAUUUUGGAGGUCCUCCGGUUGACGUGGGGAUGAGUAUUGACAUCUCCAGCAUUGACAUGGUGUCUGAGGUGAACAUGGACUACACCAUCACCAUGUAUUUCCAGCAAUCAUGGCGUGAUAAACGCCUGUCCUACACAGGGAUUCCUCUGAACUUGACGCUGGAUAACCGUGUGGCAGAUCAACUCUGGGUGCCUGACACUUACUUCAUAAAUGACAAGAAAUCUUUCGUUCAUGGUGUCACCGUCAAGAACCGCAUGAUUCGGCUGCAUCCAGAUGGAACUGUGCUCUAUGGCCUCAGGAUAACUACAACAGCAGCCUGUAUGAUGGACCUGCGGAGGUACCCACUGGAUGAACAGAACUGCACCCUGGAGAUUGAGAGCUAUGGGUAUACCACAGAUGACAUUGAGUUUUAUUGGCAGGAGGGAAGUUCAGUGACUGGAGUAGACAACAUUGAGUUGCCACAGUUCUCCAUCAUUGACUAUAAAACUUUGUCUAAGAAGGUGGUGUUUGCAACAGGGUCAUACCCUCGUCUGUCCCUGAGCUUUAAGCUGAAGAGAAACAUUGGAUAUUUUAUCCUGCAAACCUACAUGCCCUCAAACCUGAUCACCAUCCUGUCCUGGGUCUCCUUCUGGAUUAAUUAUGAUGCUUCUGCAGCACGGGUAGCUCUAGGAAUCACUACUGUACUGACCAUGACUACCAUCAACACCCAUCUACGAGAGACGCUACCCAAGAUCCCCUAUGUAAAAGCCAUAGAUAUAUAUCUAAUGGGCUGCUUUGUCUUCGUGUUCCUUGCCCUGCUUGAGUAUGCAUUUGUUAACUACAUUUUCUUCGGCCGAGGUCCUCACCUACAGAAGAAAGUGGCAGAAAAAGCUGCUAAGAGCAACAAUGAGAAGAGCAGACUGGAGAGCAACAAAAUCCAGGUGGAUGCCCAUGGAAACAUCCCCCUUACCAAUCUUGACCUUCGCCUCACUGGGGCGGAGAUGCUCGGUGGUCUUGGUGACCCUCGGAAUACGAUGUUCUCUUAUGACAGUGCCAGCAUCCAAUACCGCAAGCCCCUGACAGGUUGUGACCUUUACGGCCGGCCGACUGCUUCCCUCGAGCGGCCGAUCAAGCACAAGAAGAGUCGCUUGAGGAAGCGGGCAUCUCAGCUUAAGGUGAAAAUUCCAGACCUGACAGAUGUGAAUGCCAUCGACAAGUGGUCACGUGUCAUCUUUCCCAUCACCUACACUUUCUUCAACCUAGUCUACUGGCUUUACUAUGUCCACUAGGGGACAGUACUGCACUCAACUUAGCUUCCACUUAUCAGAUCCGGUCAGGCUUUCUCAACCUAGGGGUUAUUUAAAAUUGCAAUUUAAUUUGAUCUCCUGCCAUAUAUAAGCUAUACAGUCAUCUAGAUAAUGUAAUUACUAUUAGUUUCUGAUUAGAGCUUUCUAUUUAUCACCCCUGCUUCAUGUGAGAAUAGACUACAGGGGUGUGAUGGUGCUGCAUUUAACUGUGCAAGAAUGCACUAUAGCCCAAACAACAGAUACAGCUGUAGGCAGCAUUUAAAAGUCAGACAAUAUGGCUUUAGCCAAUAAACAUUAUGUACCAGCCUUUUAAAUAUUUGCACUCUUUUGGGAAAUUCUAGACUUAAAGGACACUGCAGUUUGGGUUGGGUUUUUUUGGGAGGUCGGCCCAUGUGCUAAUACACAAUUGGUGCACUAAAUAUUUGCGCAUUAGAUAGUCCUUAGAGUUGCCACACUUAGCUCUUGUACAUGUUUUACAACAUGAUGACAAAUUAGCUGAAAAUACAGCAGGGAUAUAUACAAACAAACAUAUUUUAAAUCUUUUCACAAAACCUGUGU